AUUUGUUUUGGAUGGCUCUUUGCGUGCAGUCCAUUCGUGACGAUGAAGACAUCCCGAGGCGCGAGGGGUGCAAGCAAGGGGAGGAGUGCAAGAAGAACCGGCACAGUSUCUUCUCGGGGGCAGCCGGCGUGCUCYGAAGGGGUUGUGCAGCAAAGGCGGYCACCGGAGCARGAUGAUUUUCCCCAAAUGGGAGAAGGAGAUGAGGAUGAAUAUGUUUUAGAAGACGGAGAGUUCGUGGCAGGAGAAGGCGAAGGAGAGGAAGAGGAAGGAGAGGGAGAGGAAGGAGAGGGAGAGGAAGGAGAGGGAGAGGAAGAGGAAGGAGAAGAAGAAGAAGAAGAAGAAGAAGAAGAAGAAGCGGAAGGAGAAGAAGACGAAGAAGAAAAAGAAGAAGAAGAGGAAGAGGACAAGGAAGAAGAUCCAAUGGAGGAGGACAGCAGUUGGCAGAGAGAGUUCCUCGAGUCGAGGCCCGUUCGCAGUGACUUCAAGUACUUCUUUUGGGCUGUGUACGUCACAGCUGGAUUAGCUUAUCUUGACGUCAAGACCAGCGGCAACGGUGUCUAUGCACGAAUCGGCGAAAUUUUAUUUGCAGCGCACGUGACUGAAAAAUGUCUCAUCGCAGAGUUGUGGGUCGUUAUCAAGGGCAAGCUCACUAAAUAGGAAGCAGAAAAAUCACAAACUCCGACAACGACGACGACGACGGCCACGAAGGGUGGCUCCAAAGCGAGGUCGCAGCGUCCCAAAGAUGUGAUUUCUCCUCAAACCAUUGUCGGGUCUUCCGGUAGUCUGGAAAGAGGAUCGAGCACAAAGACAAUUCCCGGGAAGAUUCGCGGGAAGAAAACAGUCACACCGGAUCCGCCUCGUCCGGAAGGGCAAAGGGAGGGGAAGGGAAGGGAAGAGGAACUCCAAGUACCCCAAGGUUUUAUGCCGAACGAGCGCACAGAAGAUUUGACAAAAACUUGGGAGGAGUUGAAGAGUUUGAAGGAGAAGAAACUUUCACACGAGUCCUUUUACCUGCCGAUGAGAUGUUUGAAGAGGCCACCCCUGGUGAAUGGGAAAAGACCAAUGGAGGUGAGAGAGUCGGACGAGGACCAUGUGAAGUCCAUCAUGGACUCCAUGUUGAAGCAGCCAACUGAAGAUCAUCUUCCCUUCGUUGGCCUCGUCGACCCUGCCCAGGCCGGGCGCAAAGAAGACGUGAGCUUGAAGAAACUGAGAGCCGACAACUACGACAUUUGUGUGCUUGGUGGUGACCACAAUCGGGAAGCGAGGGAGCGGUUAGCACGCAUGAACCCCGACAACGAGGAGUACCAGUACAAUGUGUGCUAUGUUUACGUUGGCCUCACGAUCGAUGAGGCGAGGCAGGUUGCCCACAGGCAUAACCUUGCGGCGGGUUACCACAGGGACUUGAGCUUCAUCGAGAAGCUCAGGUGCUGGCGCCAAGUCUUUGAGAGCAGGGGGUGUGUCAAGUCGCAAGAAGUGAAGCUCGCUUGCCUGAAAGAAGUAGGGAUUCCGAACGCGGCGAAGAAAUUGAACGCCCAAGACCCGUUGCUGCAGUGUGCUUUCAAACCCCAAGAGAUUUGGGAGCUCAUGUGUAAGAUCAUGAGCAUGUGGCAGAAGGGCGAGGUCAAAGGCCAAAAACUGAAGCCGGCGAGGAGCUUCUUGAAAGCGGACCAGGAUCUGGAAACAAGCGAGUACGAGGGCGUGAAGAAAAGCCAGCGUGGGAAGAGGCUUGAUAGGGCGGCUGCGAAGGAGCAAGAAAUGACGCUUCUUUAUCCACGGGUGCAACUGCAGGGUAACAAGGUCCCCAUGGUCGUCGAGGACAUGCCAGCGCAACACUGGAUAGCCAUGGGUAGUAUGGCUCCAGAGAACGCCGUCCCUAUCCUCCUUGAGGUCAUUGCGAAGCAGAUCUCGCUUAAGGCAGGCGGUGAAGAGGUGUCGAGUCUGCAUGGUGGGGUAGCGAUUGGCCUCAAGGCCAAUACUCGCUCACGGACUGCGAAGUGACUGAGGCCACACCGUAUCCUUUGGAUAUAGGCCUAUAUGUCAUGUGGGGACACGCACUUUCGAUAUAGGCCUUCGCUGCAUGUGUGGCCUCAAACCACACAUGCAAUUUAGGCCUACAUUGCAUGUGUGGACACGCGCUUUACAUAUAGGCCUAUAUUGCAUGUGUGGCCUCACGUCGCUUUCGUGUUCUGCCGACUCUCCCGUCUCGGUCGCUUCUUUUCUUUCCGCUUGUUCUUUUCACCAUGAGUAGCCUCAAACCGAGGAUCGCCCGCGACAAUGACAAAAG